AGGACUACAACUCCCAGAAGGCGGUGCGAAGGCGAGGGCGAGCCACGGAGCGUCCCGCACGCUGACGUCAGACCUUUACGGAACUGGGAAGCGCGCGGCCGAGUGACCAUGACGAAAUUAGCACAGUGGCUUUGGGCAUUGGCGCUCCUGGGCUCCGCCUGGGCGGCCCUGACCACGGGGGCCCUGGGCCUGGAUUUGCCUUCGUCCUGCCGGGAGGUCCUCUGGCCACUACCCGCAUACUUGCUGGUAUCUGCUGGCUGCUUUGCCCUGGGCACUGUGGGCUAUCGCGUGGCCACUUUUCAUGACUGCGAGGACGCCGCCCUCGAGCUGCAGAGCCAGAUCCGGGAGGCCAGAGCCGACUUGUCCCGCAGGGGGAUGCGCUUCUGACACCUGAACCCCAUUUGCG